ACUGUAGUUUGUGACGGAAGUGUCGUGUGACACUGAAAGAAGAUAGUUUUAGUGACAUGGUGUCGUAUGUUUUCAGUAUUUAUAAGAAUUCUACUUGUCGGUGAUAAGGAUAUACGGGUGACAUGUGACACAGAGAGUCGUGUGACAUUGAGAGUAGUGUCGUGUAACCCUUGAAAAGGUGUCAUGACACGGAGAUAAUAUAGUGUUGUGUGACACGGGAAGAAGGCAGUGUCGUGUGACACUGAGAGGUAGUGACGUGUGACACGGAGUAGAUAGGGUCAUGACAGUGAGGUAGUAGAGCACUAGCUAAAAAUUAGACGAGUAGCCCUAACCUCGCACAUCAUAAAAAUUUUCGAAGGAGUAAUGAGACGGCAGGUUACAAAUUUCAUGGAGCAGCACAACCAACAUAACACGAACCAGCAUGAUUUUAGAGCAGAACUAUCACAGCUCCUGAACCAUUUUGACAGAAUUACGGAGGUAUUGGAAGACGACCAAAACGCAGAUGUUUUUUACACAUUUUGCAAAGGCGUUUGACAAAUGUGAUGCACACAAAAGGCCAUGGGCAUUACGGGGAAGGUAGGCAGAUGGAUUUUCGGUUUCCUAACACAGGACACAAAAAGUAGUGAACAGGGCAAGAUCCAGCAUCAGCUAGGUCAAAAGCUCAGUGCCCCAAGGCACUGUCCUGGCACCUCUGCUGUGUCUCAUCCUCAUAGCAUAGAUAAAAACACCCGGCACACUUUUGUAUCAUUUCCAGAUGACACUAAAAUAAGCAUGGAAGUCACUACGGUAGAGGACACUGAAAAAGUACAGGAAGACAUAAACAGGGUUUUCCAGUGGGCAGUGGAAAACAUGACCUUCAAUGGUGAUAAGUUCCAGCUGCUUAGGUAUGGAAAAAAUGAACUGAAAAGGAACACUAUAUACAAAACUCGAGAGGGUCACCAAAUAGAACGUAACGAACAGGUAAAAGACCUGGAAAUAAUUGUCGGCGGAUCUUUCUUUUAAAGACCAUAACAAGACAAAGAUCACGACAGCCAGGAAGAUGACUAGUUCCGCCCACGAGUAUCGAGAUGGUGGGCCACGCGAGGGACGCCCACCUCACCGUCAAGGCAGGUGACUCCCUCACAUUGGAGUGUCUCAUCAAGGACGCUAAGCCAGUCUCCCAAGUCACCUGGUACAGGGGUAACGAACCUCUUAGACUAGACACUCAGAACACAAAGGAGAACUCUGAGACAGACUUGCACUUGUCCUCGCUACGGUCCAAGAUCACCUUCACGCCAACGCACUCUGACAAUGGUAUGGAGUACAGUUGUCAGGCCCUCCACCCUGCGCUCCAGCAUACCAACACCCAGAAAGUGGCUAGAGUGCACCUCGACGUCCAUUACGAACCCGGUGCCCCGGAGAUAACGGGCUACACGGAGGGCGAGAUCGUGAGGGCUGGCGACCGCAAGACCUUGACGUGCCGCGCGCGGGGCGGCAACCCCUUGCCGGAGGUUUUCUGGUACAAGAACGGCGCGCAGGUAGAUAAGAACUUUAUUAAGCAUCGCAACUACGCCGUCAACGAGUACUCGUUCCUGGUGGAGGCUUCCGACAACCUGGCAAAGUACGAGUGUCACGUCAUGAACGUGAUGACCACGCAGCCCAAGACGGCUGAGAUACAGCUCCGGGUCAAUUUCGCUGCUUCCUCUGUGACGAUCUUUGGUCCCGACGAAGCCAAAGUCGGCGAUGUCAUAGCCAUCAGCUGCGUGGCGGAGAACUCCAACCCUCCCGCUGAUGUCACCGUGGUUAUCAAUGGCCAGACGCCGCCUGGGUCCAUCUCCAGGACGCAGAAGGUGGACCACGGAGGCUGGCGGACCAUCACCAACCUCACCACCUACGAGGUGUGGCCCAUCGACUCUGAUCUCACCGUUAACUGCUACGCUCUCAACCAGGCCCUUGGCUCCACCAAGAUCGACACCAAAGUCAUCAGUGUGUUGCGUCCUCCAGAGCCUCCUGUGAUUCUGGGCUACGAGCCGGGUCGUCUUCUGAAGAAGGGCAACCCGCAUCGGCUGACGUGCGUCAGCAGUGGUGGCAACCCCCUGGCUACACUACAGUGGUUUAAGGGCUCCGUAGAACUGCCCUCGGAAAACAGACACGACUCCGGCACCUCCGUGGCCGAGCUGGACAUCACACUGUCGGAGUCAGACAACGAAGCAGAGUACUGGUGCGAAGCGACGAACUCGGCCACCACGGAGCCUCUGGUCAACUCCACCGUCCUCAGUGUCAUGUUCCCUCCGUCAGGAGUGAAGGUGAGUGCUCGUCCACGGAACAUCAAGGCCAACACCCAGGCGACGCUGGUGUGCGAGUCAGCCUCCAGCAACCCCCGCGCCAACGUCACCUGGUGGAGGGAUGGCUUCGAGGUGCUGCCUGGAGAAUCUCAGACCAACCCAGGCCAGUUUGGCGGCACCACCACCAAGUACACGGUGAAGGUGGACGUGACUGCUGACGACGACGGUGCUGUCUUCACUUGUCAGGCUGACAACCGCUUCGGCUCCACCACUCACGAUGCUGUCACCCUCUCUGUCCUUUAUCCUCCCGUGUGGAUUGAGAAGCCGAGUGAAAAAGUAGAGGUGAAGCAGGGGGACAGUGUUCAGGUGAACGCCAGCGCUCGUGGUAAUCCCAACGGUGUCGCCUACCUGUGGCGGCGGGGGGACGAGGUUGUCAUGGCUGGCAGUGUGUUGAAUAUCAGCUCGGUGGCCAAGGAGCAUGCAGGGCUCUACACCCUCGAGGCAUCCAACUCUCAAGGCAACACAGCGGCCAACCUCACCCUCAUUGUCAAGUACGGAGCGAUCAUCACGUCGGUAAGCGGAGGACGUAACGUGACGGCGGGGGAGAGCGUGACGCUUGUGUGUCGGGUGGACGCCAGCCCGGACCCUGAUAUCAGCUGGGGACGUCAGGGCUACGACUUUGCCAGAACCCAGCACAAGAAACAUUUAUCUGAGAACGUAGUGGAGAUGACAAUCAAGAACGUGAGCAUCGAAGACACGGGGGUUUUCACUUGUCAUGCCAAGAACGAGAUCGGAGACGAAGCCACUGCCAACACCACCAUCGUCGUAAAACACAAACCCAUCAUCGACAAGUCGGCGAAGUACCAGAAGGCUGCAGCCGAGGCCGGGCGCCACGCCCGUCUCACCUGCCGUGCCAGAGGAGCGCCCUACGUACACUUCACCUGGUACACCCGUGACAACACCCCCAUCGAGCCGGCCAUCUACUCCCGCUUCGACAACAGAUAUGUAGUGGAGAACUCCAAGCUGGUAGACGGACUUGUGACAUACGAGAGUGUUCUGCUAGUGAAGAACGUCACCAACAAAGAUUACGGCUUUUUCGAGUGUCAAGCUCAGAACCCUCUCGGAUCCUCACGCUCCGCUAUCCACCUGGACGGCACCAGCAGACCGGAUACGCCGCUUGACCUGAAGGUUGUCAAUUACACACACAACUCCGUGGACCUGCACUGGUCUCCAAGCUUCGAUGGUGGACUGCCUCAGCGGUACAGGGUCCGUUUCCACGUUACCGACACCAACAGAUACCAAUACACAGACGUUUACCCUGAGAACGUGACCAGCUUCACCGUGACGGGUCUCUCCCUGGGCACAACCUACUCCUUCAGCAUCCUCGCCUUCAACGACAAGGGCGACUCUGAGUACUCCAAGGGCGACGUCCAGGCUACCACCGCCAGCACGGCGCCGGCCACGGACACACCGCCUACCGUGGCACCUGGCGACCGUGUCUCUGGCCUCAUCGUUGUGAUCAUCACGCUGGUGGGCGCGGCACUACUCGUCCUGAACGUGGCCCUCGUCACCUGCUUCGUCAGACGCCGAGCCCGCAAGCGGCUCACAG